CACGAGCGAGGUACCGAAGUACAUAUUGUUUCGAGAUAAAGCUCUUCCAGAGCUCCAUAUAGUGAGAUAGCUGCUAUGUCCCUUUUUCCAGCAAAUUAGUUAUAGGCAUGGAUUGGAAGUUCCAACCUCCCACCGACGUACAAACCCACAACCGUGACCCCAAUUGUGGGGAGAAAUCACCAUGGAGUCAUUGGUAUCAGCCGGGAUCAAGCAAUGAUGAUCAGAUAUAUGACAAUGCACUGCAAAAGUGCAAGGAGGUCAAUGAACAAUUAAACUCUCAACCAUGGUGGGACGACCAAUGUGAUCUUGUGGCGUCGUCGAAAACUGUCGAGAGUAUGCCGGUCCGACUCAAACCGCCCGGACGGUAUGAUGCCUCGUGGGUGCAAAACCUCAUUGCAAAAGAGAGAUUAAGAAUCAAUACAAGGAAGACAUCCGAAUCAGCAUGGCGGCACAAGGUCUCGGGCUUCGCCGACGACGUGAUUAGAGUUGCCACGUUAAUCAAGCCUAUUGUGGACAUAUUUGUUCCUCAAAGCCCAGAAUGCUCCGUGCCAUAUGCCUGUUUGUGGAUGGUAUUCAAGGGUGUGUCUAGCAGGAAAGAAAAAAAGGAAUUGGUUUUUGGCCUGAUAACCUCGCUCUCUGACGAGAUCCCUACGCUGCAAGCCUACGGCGACAUGUUCCCAACGGAUGAGAUGAAAGAAACUUUGUCCCAGUUUUACAUACAUACCGUCGACCUUCUUUGGAGGCUAGCCAAGUACUAUUCUAUUGGCUUCUUCAAGCAAUUAACCGAUGCUAUACUCCCGCGCACCAAGUAUGAUUUUCCCACGUACCUCGACAACAUCAAGAAGUCGACCACGCGACUCAAGGCACUUUGUGAAUUGGGGCAUAUGGCGGAGCAAAAGGACAUCAAAGGCUACCUGGAUGUUUUACAUUCUGAGAUCCGCCAUCUUCGCCUCCAAAUUGAAAUGUCUCGCGGUAUUCAAGGCCGGCGGUACGCUUCAGACCUCAUCGACAUCUGGCACGACGACGUUGGCGACGUCGAGCACGAACAUCAACUCUGGCAAUCACUACGUUUCUCCACGGACAUGCGCGAUCACUGGAGUCAGAAUGGGAUUUUGCCCUGCCUUGCAGAUUGGCGUGAGCAUUGCGACACUUCGGAGAAUUCAAUUCUCUGGGUAUCAUCGCAGAGCAACGGGCGACAAUCCUGGCUCACCGAGUUUACCAUAGAUGUAGUCAGUGUGUGCCGAUCUCAAGGACAGGACAUAAUGAUUGCCAUGUGUGAUCGACCGAAUGGUGUGAAAUGGACACCAGCACAGCUUCUCCGACAGUUGAUCGCCCAGUUAUUAAUCGAUCACCCAGAACUGACCGUCUUACGACCAGGCAUAUUCAAUGCCCGGUCUUUCCGACGGGCAACAAAAUUCGACGCCCUCUAUCGUCUCCUGAAUUCGGUUGUAGCUGUGCUGAAAUCUGUUCUGAUCAUCAUCGACCGCCUAGACCUCUGCGUGGCCGAUCCGAAUGAGAAGGAUGACGAUAUUACACGCGCGCUUUCGAUAUUGGCGCGAGCGUAUCCAAACCUGAGGGUCAUUGUUACCACCGGUGAGAUAGUGUCACCCUCAAUGCUUCCGGGGUUUCCUGUCAGUUUUGCAAUGGUAAAUACGAGACGGCACCCACGACGUCGCCGGUCGCCUUCCCCAGAACCUCCCCCAAAACGACCGCCGGUGGGAAGACGACAGUCGUCUUAUGCUUAAUGAAAUGUAUAUGCGGG